AAAUCUUUUUGUCUUUUACGCUGGGUGGGUCUUUCAAGAAGAAGAAGAGCGUAAUUUUAAGCCUUAUGCUGGCUUGUGCAUAUUUUUCCAUUUGUAAUAGCGUGGUUAAUAAAUAAUAACAUGUCCGGCAAAAAACAUCAAGCAUUUCAAGGAAAAGAAUGCUUUAGUCGAAUGAAUUUUCUCUAUCAAGCAUCCAUGUUGAUGGCAGGCAGGAACAACACUUUAGCUGCUUACUAUGGCCAGCUGUGUCGGAACAUUGGCAAAAAAGCUGUGCUUAGGAUUGAUCCGGACUUAAAACGACAGUUUUGCAAGCGUUGCUCCCUUGCGUUGCAGCCGGGUAUCACCGCUGAUUUGAAUGCACUCUCUCGUCGGAGGCGUCGAAAAUCUGCAAAGAUUGCAGAAGACAUUGAUGAAAACACGAGCUUGCAGUUGACAUGUCGCCAGUGUGGAUUUAGGCGUCAGUAUGUAGUAAAUCCGGAUCAUAAAUUCUGGUUGGAGAACGACGAGUCUGUGGUGGAAUCUAUUACUGUUGGAAAUGAAAAUACGGAACAUAAACAAAACUAGCAUAUUGCAACAACGCCUUUAGGAAAAAUUAACAACUUGGUUAGCUUCUAGGUAUAAAGCUCAAAUGGCAAGCGGAUUUAGACAGUUUUUCUUUUAUAGUAUAAGAAAAUGGACGCUUACUACACAAAUUCUACAACGUGAACUAAAAUUUAAACUGCACUUCGGGCUAUUUAAGCUUUCAUACAUAUAUCGCAGAGAAUAAUUUCUAGUAAGGCAAAUAUGCUAAAAUAAAGUACAUACUUUUAUUUUCAAUACUCAAAA